AUGGGGUUCCAGGACACGCAAACGCCGCUGUCCCGCGGCAGGGUGGCGGCGUCCAAGUAUGGCGGCGGCGGGGUGUCGGUGGGCGCGGGAGUGCGGCGCGGCGUGAAGUGCCCCGACGACCUGGUGCUGGGCUGCUGGCUCGAGCCCAAGCCCGAGCCCGAUCCGCCGCCCCCACACGACCUGCUCGACUCGCUGCUCGCCCCACCCCCCCUCGCCGAGCUCAAGCCCCUCCCUCCCUUCACCGGCUACACCGGACACCUCUCCAUCAACGGCAUCUCCGGCCACCACUACCAUGCCAUCGCGCAGCGCCUGCCCGAGGAGAAUAACAACUACCCCACGCAGAGCGGCUACGGCGCCGACCAUGACGUCGUUUCGUCGUCCACGUGCGCCGCAGACGCUGAGCCCCCCGACUUAGAAGACGUGAAGCCCUUCGCGCUCGACGACACCAAGCCCUUCGAGACCACGCCCCCCGGUGCGCCGGACUCUUGUGCCGCUUCCUGCUCCCCGCCCGCCAAGAUCUUCGAGGACAGCCAGAAGCAGGACAUGUACGACAUCAGCUCCAUUGAGGACAUCGCCGCCAUCAUCGGCUCUGCGAUGGCCGACACGACGGUACAUUCACAGCCAGAGGAGACGGAAACCAAUGACUCUCGUGACAGUUGGAUGGACAUAGACGCGUGGAUCGCGGGUGCUUGUAAUCAACACGGAGACAAAAUCGUUCCCCAGGAUCUCACAGAAUUCGGCCUUCCCAGCUCGCCCCUCUCGACGCCACAGAACAAUCACCACAGCAAUUUAGAGUUCUCCUGCAAAAAUCAGGAGUUUUCCAAGAGUCAAGAGUUCCUCCAUAAGAAUCUUGGACAAGCCGGGUCCACUUUACAGACGUUAUUAACUCAUGGCUACAUGCCACUGCUUCAGAACCGGCUUCAAAACGGCCCCCCGGUGAAGCAAGAAGCGCCGAGCUCGACGAGCUACGGCAUGGAUGUGAUAUCGACGUCGUCGCCGCCCGGCAACGCGGUGUCCACGACGGACGGCGUCGGCGGGUUGCUCAACGGCCGGUACGCGUCACAUUAUGCGCUCAGUUUGAAGCAGGACGGACUUUGCAGUCCAGAACGAUUACUGGGCUACCCGCACGCACACACGACGACUGUCACACCGUCGAAUAAGAGUAAAAGAAGUCGAGCGAAAGCGAAGCAGCAGAAUAACGGAGCGAACAUUCACGGGAGCCUGGCGUUCCCGUCGACAGCGGCGGAGCUGAGCGGGCUGCUGGGCAAGGAGAAGCCUGUGCACCGGUGCGGGAUAUGCAACCGAGGGUUCCUUAACAAGUCCAACAUCAAGGUGCACCUCAGAACACAUACGGGGGAGAAGCCGUUCAGGUGCGACGUGUGCGCGAAGGCGUUCAGACAGAAGGCGCAUCUCAUUAAGCACCAGCAGAUACACAAGAGGAUCGGGCGGGACUGAGCCGCGCCCGCGCCGCUCAAAACGAAGCAUUUCAUAGUUUAGGUUGUGUGCGUGUAUGGACGAUUGGUACCUCAAUCUGCGCUGAAUCUCAUUCUAGGCUAUUGUACAUGGUAUAUCAUUGUCUUCUAACGUAGUUAAGAGCGAUGUUCACGUAUUGUAACCCUUUAGUUUAACUCCUCCUAAGGACAAGUGCAAUGUUAACUAGUUUUAAGUAUCUUCAGAUUUAUUUUGAUGUAGAUAAUUGUUUAUAAUUUUGUUGUGUAGUGACGUUUUGACCUUUCGAAAUUCAUUCCAAUAAUUUACUUAGUAUAUUACUCCGUCUCGUUAGGUUAGUCUUCGGUUUAUUUCGCUUAAUGUCUUGAUUGCUGUCUGCUUCAAGAGCCACGUGCGCUCCAUUCGCUGAACUACGGUGCACACUUUAUGCAAGAGGUAGGCGAACAAAACAUGAACGAAUAAUGUUUUAGUAAUUGAAAUUUUUGGACGUAUUUAUAGUCUAUUCUAUACUCCGAUUACCUAUUUAUAGUCAACUUGUAAUGGAAAUGUUUAGUUGUAAUGUAUGAUAUAGCUACUUAAAUAUGUAUUAUAUAAAAAACAAAGACAAAGCUUACGAGGCUAACACAAAGCUCUGAAGUAGUUUUAAAUUAAUUUAUUUUAAUGAUACAAUUCUAACAUGCUAUUCUUUACUUGCUUAAUCAAAUCAGUCUCCUAACUUAUUUAUUACUUUCUUAACUAACAAUUUCGCUUGACACGAAACAUCACAAUAUUACGCAUUUGUCACAAACAAUACAGUCCGCCUUGUUGCAUCGUGUAAUCACAAAUUAUACAACUUUCCUAUAAUCCACCAUUUUCAUUACCACGACCAAAGUACAUUUAUUUUCAUUCGUUUUGGCACAAAAAAACAUUCCGUCGACUAGGUAAUCCACUCCACUAAAAGGAAUAAUUUUAAAAUCAAUCAUUUUUAUACGUACACGCAUGAAUGCACGCCAUUUUUUGUCAUCGUCAUCAGUAUUAUAUCACUGUCACCGAAUCCUAUCAUGUCACCAAACUAACCUAAACUAAGUCAAGAGAAAUGCACGAAUAAUUAUUCAUUAGCAUUUAGCACAUAACUUUCUACUUCCAAUCAUCAUCAUAUUUGUCAUUAUUAUCAAAUAUUAAUCACAAAUUCAUAGACACGGUGUUGAGAGCGUUCCGAGCGGAAAGCGGGUGUUUAGAUUAUUUUCUGUGUACCGUCUUUACAGGCAUUCCAGAAGAAUCACGCCUAAAUCAUAUUAUCUAAGAGUCAUAAGCCUUGUACUAUAAUUAUGAACGUAGCUUAACCGUCGCACAGUAACAGCGCGCGCGGGUCGAUCAGCGCGCACGCACGCGAACUGCGGAACUGCUCCGUCCGGGAAGCGGACGGGAAAAAAAUAUACUACAGUCGGUCGAUCCGCUGUUGCGUAACACCGGCCUUACGAAUGUAGGGCGCAGGAGUCGGGUCAAAUAGAUAAAUAUUGGGAAAAAAUGCAAAUAACAGAUAGACGACUACGAACACUCUAGAGCUUGUUUAAUAAACAAAACUAGUGUAUAAGAACAAGAACCUUUUCGCAAAUACCACCUGUUAGCGAGCGAAAUGGGAAAUGAUUAACUCAAUAUAUAAUAAAGAGAAAGAAAACACAAACUUACAUAAUAUAAAAAACCUUACAUAUCACCCGCAUUGCUAUGCGUCAUAUAUUCAACAAACCUAGGCCACGGGGGUUGCCUGAGCUGACGCCAAGAAACCGCAACCAAAUCGGACCAUCCGCUCCGGAGUACAAUAGCGCGGACAGACAGACAGACAACGGGUUGAAACUUAUAACAACUCUCCGCGUAGCGUCGGGGGUUAAAAAUAUUUGCAUAAAUAUUGUAUUUGAAUGUAGACUGACCAGGAAUCUUUUGUAAUCUUUUGUUGUUUUAGCUUUAUAAUGGCGACGCAACGGAUACAAAACUAUAAUUGUAUUUUACAUUUUCAAUGUUAAUUAAACAGGCUUCUGGGGUUAGGAAUAGGGUAAAUCAGCAAUUUAAGUUACAAAAUUCCGUAGUUGAUAGCCCAUCUAAGAUGGAUAUUAUAAUGAACAAGGGGUCUGCCUGUCGCCAAUAACAAUUGCCCAUCAUGUUAGAAAGGAUACCCUCUGUCGGAUUUUGCCUCUGUCUGAUGCAUGGGAAGACAAGGAGCUGAAUUUGUUUUUUUUUAUUUGUUUAGUGUAUAUUAACCACACAACAGCAUUGGCCCUUAAAGUAUAUUUUCAGCCUUAGUUGUAAUAUAAUAACUUCGUAGUUCGCGUGUCAGUAUUUCGCAACCAUCCUGUGAACAAUCAUAUAAACACUAAGUACCUACCUAACCUACUAUCUGUAGCCGGUGUUUUUUACCCAAUUCAUUAAUCCUUAAUUACUUUGAACAUAAAUUGAUUAUAUUUUUUUAGAUUGGCUCAUUGCGAUGUUGGAGGAUAAAGGAAACUAAGCAAGAAUGUUUUAUAAAGCUUUGGUACGAUAUAAAACGUUGUUGGCAAACCUUUUCAAGAGUUGAGACUCGAAUAAGAUUAUGAUAUUCAAAUUCACGUUGUGUCUGUUUAAAAAACCAUUCAUCACACGAUCGUUAAUUAUCAUCUUAUCACACAUUCCGUCAUCGUAUUCCAAUCACUUUACUCUGUGAUCUUUUACCAUUUCAAAACUAACCUAAUUUAUUUUUAAAAUAUCAAUUUUAGAACGCGCAUUUACAUUCCUCGUCACGUCACCGCGUUUGCGGUCAAAUUUUUAUUUUACUUUUAAUAGCUGCGUAUCGCGAAACAUUCCAUCGCUUUCCUAACAUUUCCAUUGACCAUUGAAAUGAGAUCAUGCGUACGAACGCUUGAGCGGGUCGGUUGCCUGCGCCCGCGCCGCCAAUUGGGUCGCUAGAAAAUUCACUGUUUGAAAUUGGAAGCCUAUGCUGAAAUCGAUUAGGUUUUGUUUCGAUAAAAAAUAGGAUAAGAUUUUCUUAAUAGUUUUGUACCAAUAAUUGUUGGUACACUAAAAAAGUACUUGCCAUGUUGAUGGAGAACGUGACUUUUGCAAACUGGAUGAAGGUUGAAUUAGGUAGAUAUUAGAGAAGUAAACGUAAAAAUAAGUUUUAAUUUAUAAUUAUGACUCCCUUAUAAUAUGUAAAUCAUCAUAGCGAACAUGUACAGACACUACUGUGAUGUACAUCACGCAAGCAUAAUAAAGAAAAAAAUAGUAUUUAAAAAAAUAUGGCAACAAAAUAUUUAAAUAAAAAAAUGAAAUCGAAGUAAAACCUAAUUAACUUCAGAACGAAAUAAAGGGCAUUUUUGAAUAGGUUUUGGCUAUUAGCAAUCGCGGUCGCGGGCGAUUGGCUAACCGCUGUGGAAUGGACGCGCGUUUGUGAAACGCUGCCUGAAAAAACAAGAAACAUAAGGUCACUUUACUUUUGAAAAUUCAACAAUAAAGUUCUACUGAGCAUCUUCAUGAUUUAAAAACGGCUUCUCACCGUCAUCUUUAUAACAAUGACAUCUUUCGGCACAAAAAGCUGUCACAAAAUCAAUAUUUUUAUGAAGAUUAUAAUUAAAAUGAUUUAAAAAAAAUCAUAAUGUUACCUACCGAAUUUAAGAGAUAUUUUCUACAUAAAAGAACGUUAAAAUAUGUUUGAAGAAUGUAAGGGUUUUUUAAUAAUUAUUAAGUGUUUCACACGCGGCGUUUUCCACAGCUUGUGUGUAGAUAGACCUUAUAAAGUACCUUUUGUAGUACUUAAGUUAGUUGUAAGUAUUUAUUGUAAUAUUGUAAUUAUUUCGUUGUAAAUCCUUCCAUUCGCCCGUGUAUCUCGAUUUGGGUAUUAUCAAUUUAUGAGUUUUAAAAUCAUUGUUGAAAAAGGACAUUUUAAUGUGAGGUGAUUGCGUGGAAGGCCGGUUUCUAAAUAAUCAGAUAGAAUCCAUUAAAUGUUCUAAAUUUGAGUAUUUUCAUACAAAAUUUUGUUUUUUCCUUGGUAAAGAAUUUUAAUACACGUAUUGAAAAAUCAGCCCUAAAUGUGAUAGAGCUAAAGAUGAUUUAUAAUUAUGUUUUAUAGAAAUAUACUGGGGAUACUGGUCUAUAUGUAUGUAUGUGUGUAUGAUAUGAUAAUGUUUCAUUGUCAAUGUUGAUACCAUAGUACCAUUCUUAAGCGCACAAAUCGAACCCAUAAAAUUGAUAAUAAUCAAACGUUAUAACGGGGUUUAUUUCAUAAUAAAGAUGUUGUACGUUAUAAGGAGAACAUGUUAUAUUUUUCGAGAGGUUUUUCCACUUUUAAGUAAAAUGUAAAUUAAUGUAAAAUAAAUUGAGAUUUUUGUUAACGAUA